AUGGACGAGAUAAAUGAAGGCAAUACCCUUUUGAAAAAUUUUCAAAUUACAUUUUUUACUUUUGACUGCGGGGUUACAGUUUACGAUGCAAAAUUCGCUUAUAAUUGUUUUAAUAAUGAUAUAGACAAAUUAGGGCUUGGCCAUAUCUCGUCCUUUAGCUCUAGUAUGACGAUUGGAGCUCUACAAACAUUUAAAAAGCUAAAUGUGACUUUUCCUGUAGUCGGAUGCUCAACUACAGAGCCUUCCCUUAACCUUACCUCAGUUUAUCCUAUGUUUACAAGGGUCUGAUUUACUGCUUCUUAUGGGACUUCUUAUCUUUCUGUGUUAAUUAAAGCUAUGGGAUGAAAAAAAGUUGCGAUUUUAUACCAAAAUAAUUCUUGGGCGAUCGCCAAAUCGUGGCACUUAAACCCAGCUAUUGAAAAACAAGGGCUAGAAGUAGUAAAUCCUGAAAACACACGCUGGAUGCCUACAGGUCUUGAUAGAGAAAGUAUAAGGAAUUAUACAGAUUUGGCUCAAGGAAUUAUUGAUUCACAAGCAAGAUUGUUGAUAUUAAACAUGGAGUCUCCAAUGUGCAAUUAUUUUUUAGAAAUGCUAUACGACUUAGGAAUAAGACGAGGAGAUUUAGUAAUAAUUGCGACAUAUUUAGAUAUGCUAACAAUUAUAGGAAAUAUACCCUGAGCACGGUUUUAGAUCGACCUGAGAACCCCCCCUCCCCUCCCCCCAUUCCUUGAUGGUUUCAGCUUUAUUAAAAUCUUUAAAUUGAAUUUGACUUGCCAUUUUUGAAUUAAAAUUUCGUUCAAACUGAAACCGUCAGGGGGAACGAGGGGAGGGGGAGUUUCAGGUCGAGCCAUACCUUUUCUGAAGGUAUACUGAUGAUUAUACAUAUAAAAGGCUUGAAGUCGGGAUUCCUACAAUAAGGCUAACUCUGCAAACUUGGGUUGGUAAAAUUGGACAAAAAGUAAAAGAAAAUGUGAUAGCAAUUCAUAAACAAACACCGACUGGCUAUGUGUGCUCAUAUUAUGAUGGAACUUAUCAAAUUGCCUAUGCUUUAGAUUAUAUGAUUAAUAGAGGUCAAGACUUCACUGACCCUUAUAAGCUAGAAUCUUCAAUAAGAAUUCAGAAAUUCCAAGGAUGCACAGGAAGUAUUACAACAGAUGCAGACAGUAACGACCGCAUUGCAGAUGCGUGGUCUAUAGAGAGCAAUUUGUUAGAUAGCACUGGAAAUAUUGAUACUAAAAUUUUAUAUUAAUAAUAGUGGCAUUGGUUAAUAUCCGACCACUCAACCUCCUCUGCGAUAUAUUAUUUUAGGUUUAAGUUUUUCACAUGGAUCUUUAAUUCCAAUGCAAAUGUGGAUACUCAUAGAAAUAAUUUGGUGGAUUAAGGAAGGGAAGAGUAAUAUGGUUUUCAGUGCUUGAUAAUCUUGUGACUCUUAGGUGGAACAUAUGAUUGAUUCAGGUUUGGGCGAGGCUAAAACGCGGCUUGGACAAUUCCUAGUCCUUUUGGUGGUGUCUUCUGAAAUCCUUUCAAGACAAGAUGGCUGCUAAUGCCACUAGUUUUGGGUAAAUAUAUGCAUGCUAAAUUAUUCUGCUGUAGGAAAACGCAUUAAGAUCUAAAUAACUAGCAGUAGCUACUAAAGUUGUAGGACUAUUAAAGCCUUUUUCCUCAAAUAUUUUGACUAUUUCAGAUCCUAUUGUUUAUUCUGACGGAACUACUACUAGCUCCCCUCUUUAAAGUGGAACAAAAUAUAGGUAAAUCCAUUUUUAUUUGCCUUAACCCCUUAAAUUGGAGCAAUUUUGUUUUAAUAGAAAAAAUUUAUAAUAUUUUAUAAAUUAGUUUAAUGAAAAAGGUGCUGCCAGAAUAUUAUUUAAAUUUUUUAAAUUAAUUCUUUAUAAAAUACUUUGAGAAAUAUUUAAUAUAAAUGUUUUUUAAAAAAAUUAAUUCACUUUAAAUUGUAAUAGAUUUUUUGUUUCAAUUUAAAGGAUUGGAGUAAGCCAAGUGAUUUAAGAAAUCAAAAUAAUAAAUGUCCAUUUUCUAGCAAAUUAUACCUAUUUAUAAAGAAUAGAAAUUAUUAUUUAUUUACGAUAGCGAAAUACUGUCAAUUCUAAAGAGAAUAGUUAAAACAUUUGAUAAAGGACGAGGGCUUUUAUUUGGGAUCUGUUUUUUUGUUGCUUUAGUUACUUUUGUAAUCACAAUUUUUAUAUGAAAAAAAUGGUGGAAUAUGUCACUUGAUGAGCUUAAACAAAAAGAAGAACUUUCUAUACAAGACGCAAUAGUGGGGACAUCAAUAGUGGUCGAAUUUUUCCAAUAUGCAGCUAUGGGGCCAAAUUUUUCAAUUUUAAGCUCAAUUAUUGCGAAAUUUUCUUAUAUUUUUUCACUGGAUUUAGGAGAUUUUAUAAAGUUAGAAAAUGGAAUUUUUUGGAUUAUAGUAGAAAUGGUGUUUGGUGGAAUUCUUUUAUGGACAAUUCUGUGCGGAGUUGUUUUAUUUAGACUUGACGAAAAGUGGAAAUAUAUUACAAUUUUUAAGUUUUUAUCAUGGCUUGCUGACUAUCUUAUGCCAAUUCUAGGGAAUUUGUGCUUUGUUCCUUUUAUAAUCAAAAAAUGGCGUCAUUCGAAUUUUCUGGUUCCCGACCGAAAAUUCUCUUCCUCAAUUUUUUGAUUAUGAGGUUUGGCUUUCCCCAGCGAAUUUAUCCCAACGACGACAGGGCCUGUGGUGUGCGACGCAGGACUCCUGUCCCUUAGGGAACCGAAUUUUCUGGAAGGAUGCCACCAACCCCAGGCGGUGGAGACUGGGACCUUUAAGGUGCCUGAUGGACCCAAGUUGAUUUUGCCUGAAAGCCGGAAGGACGGCAGUCGAAAUCCGAACGCCGAAGCCGAUGGGACCAUUCAGCCUUGAAGCCAGGUGGUGCACGACAUUUUGGUGAGCGGGGAAACCCAGAAGCAGGACGGAUACCCGUGCAGGGAAUGUGGUAUUGGACGUUAAGCGUGUAUUAAUAAUUAAGUAAGUAAGUGCUUUAUUCCUUUUAUUUCAAUAUGCCUUGACGUGUUUUUGUGUGACCAAUCAAUAGGUGAUAAAUUUACAGAUAGCUUUUUGGCAAGAGAUUGCUAUUAUUUUUGUUGGAAAGGGGAGCAUUUAGUGCAUGCGGUAUUUUCAUUUUUAGCGUUAUUUCUAUAUGUACCUUCAGCUAUUUUUUGUAGGCCUCUUUGACAAGAAUUACAGUCAAUGCUCCAUGUAAAAUCAAGUCCAGUGUAUUUAAUGGUAAAAACUAUUUUUCAGAUUGCGAUGAUUGUUAUGAAUAAAACAAUAAAAAGGUCUCAGGACAUUGCUCAUGGUUGUUUAUUUAUAGCCUAGAACUCUUUAUUAUGGGCUUUUAUGAUUUAUUUUUAAGUAAAAAUAGAUCUUUGUUUCCUCAGUUUACUUAAUUUGCCAAGAAGAUAUAAUUUUAAGCAAACUUAACCUACAAAAGGAUCUAUAAAGCCAUUUUUACCAAAAAUUAUAAUCAAGGUCUCGCUAUAAAAAUGAUUUAUCUUUAUAGCCGUUUUGGCUAUUUAUACAAUUUUUACAUUUAAAUUCAAGCCUUAUAACUAUGCAAGAUUCAGCUGGUGGCAAGGAUUAAUCUUAAUUGGAGUGACAUGGCUAGCUUUUAUUUCUACAAUUGCUAUAGUGAUAAAUCGCGAUUUAAGUGUAUUGCUUGCCAUUUUAAUAUUUGGAUGGUGUAUUAUUGGAAUUUCAGGACUGUACAUUCAAAAGAAAAAAUAUCCUAGUUUAUUAUUCAGAAAAAGUGCUAAAGAUACAUCAACCUUAUUCAAAUUUGCGUUUAAUUUCAGAAAGACUUCAACCUUUUCGAAAGGAAAAAUCGCUCCAGAUGGACAUUAA